AUGAUUGAAGCUUUAUUCUCAUCGGAUAACAUUGGACCAAAAGCUUUCAGAAAUCAUCCGCCGAUUCCUGAAAUGAAACCGGAUUUCGAGGGAGAGACACUAAAAUGCCGGGCAGCAGUGGCGUGGGGUGGGAAGAGGAUGAGUAUCGAAAUGGUUGACGUGGAGCCACCGAAAGAGGGAGAAGUUCGCAUAAAAAUCCUCUUCAACGCGUUGUGCCACACCGAUUUGGCGAUUAUCGAUGGAAUGAAAAAUGCUCAAUAUCCAACAAUACCUGGUCAUGAGGCAACAGCUGCAGUGGAAAGUGUUGGCCCGGGAGUGAGCGAUUUUCAGCCAGGUGAUAUCGUGAUGCCUUUACCGAUUCCACAAUGUAAAAAGUGUGAAAUGUGCUUGCGAGGGGAUACGAAUCUUUGCGUGGAAUCGUUAACGUGUGAAACAGCGGUCACUUGCACGAUGGCUGAUGGAACGACACGGAUAAAAUGUCAAGGAAAAGAGAUUUUCUCAUCAUUUGGUCUUUCUUGUUUUAGCGAAUAUACUGUCGUGAAAAAAAUUGCUUUGGUUAAGAUUAAUCCUCAUGCUCCAGUGGAUCGUGUUUGUUUAGUGGGUUGUGGAUUGGCCACUGGGUAUGGAGCGGCGAUCAACACGGCUAAGAUAAAAGAAGGGGAUAGUGUAGCGAUAAUCGGUGUCGGUUGUAUUGGUCUAUCGGCUGUACAAGGAGCGAAACAUUGUGCAGCAAAAGAGAUCAUUUGUAUCGACAGGAAUGAGGAGAAAUUUCAGAUUGCUGAAGAGAUGGGUGCAACAAAGUGCAUAAAUCCUUUAAAAUGCCCAAAUGGAAAGAAAUUCUCGCAAUGGUUUCUCGAAACAAUUGGACCAGUUGAUCAAUCAAUUGAAUGUGUUGGGGAUAAAGAUUGCAUGAGAUGGGCUGUCGAAAUCGUCAAAAAGGGCUAUGGAAGAGCGGUGAUAUUGGGAAUUCCGCCAGAGGAUCAAGAAAUCAGUUUUUCUCCUUUAUUGCUAUUGGAAGGAAGGACGGUUGUUGGGGGAACGAUUGGAGAUUGGCAUACGGUGGAUGAUUUGCCGAAAUUGGUGGACAAAGUGAUGAACGGAGAGUUGGAAACUGAUCAAAUGAUCACUCAUCGUUUUCAGUUAGAGCAAUUGGCUGAAGCGAUUGAAUUGAUGAAGACGGGGAAAUGCAUUCGCGUCGUCUUUCAAAUGGCCAAUGAG